GUGCGAAGAAGUGCUGUGAGCAGUGAAGAUAGAAAAUCUCUCUCUCUAAAGUUUUGUGCUCACUUCCCAUCAUUUCCCAUUUUCUUUUGUGAAAAUUCCCCGAAGUGGUAUUGCUUAUCUAAAUGUGUGCCGCCGUUAGCCAUUGGUUCAGUGACUUCAUCCCUCGGAGAUUCUAUCGUCGACGACCACGAAUUUAUGGAAUUGGACGAGGAAAUGUCCAUCUGCCAAUCUCUCGAUACUAUUCGCCUGGGGACGGAGGCGAUGUCUUGACGGUUCGUCAUGUGGAUCUGUGCCUGGAGCAGAAUGGCACGUCUCACCAUACGAAGCGCUUCGAGUUGAUGCAACGUGACGCGGUGCCAGGUGAAUCCGCUCAGCUUGUCAUCCGUCGUGGGCAGCCUUUCCGGCUGCGCAUUGCCUGUCACCGCCCAUUCGAUCGCACCCGCGAUAGUCUCAGCUUCGCAUUCACGGUGCACGAUGAGAACCGCCCGGGUCACACUCACGGAUCUGCCCUCAAGUUCGGCACGAAUGAUCUGGGCGAUGCGCACGAGUGGGGAGCGACGGUGAGUCAGGUGAACGGGGAUAUAUUGGAUGUCCUGGUGAAGGCGCCGGCUUCUUGUCCCGUCACACUCUGGCGAGUGGACAUCGACACGAGACUUCAGCACAGCGGGUCGCGCGUCUUCACUUUCCGCCAACCCAUCGUGGUCCUCUUCAAUCCGUGGUGUCCAGACGACGAAGUCUACAUGGCAGAGACGCAUCUGCUGGAGGAAUACGUCUUGGCAGACACAACUCUCAUCUGGCGAGGAUCUUACAAUCGCCUCAGGCCUUCUGUGUGGAAACUCGGCCAGUUCGACAGGCACGUCCUGGAGUGCUCCUUGGCAGUCAUUGCCGAGGUGGGGAAAGUCAGUGGGAUUCAUCGUGGAAAUGCCGUUCGGGUGUCGCGAGCUCUCGCGGCUGCCGUGAACUCUCCUGACGACGAUGGCGUUGUGCUGGGCAACUGGAGUGAGGACUUCUCGGGUGGAAUCGCUCCCACCAAGUGGGUGGGAUCCGUGGAAAUCCUGCAGAAGUUCUACAAGAAGAGGAAGCCAGUGAAGUUCGGCCAGUGCUGGAUUUUCGCAGGAGUUCUCACUACUGUUGCUCGCGCUCUGGGAAUCCCAAGCAGGAUCAUAACUAAUUAUGCAUCCGCUCAUGAUACGCACUCUUCCAUGACUGUGGACUACUUUGUGAAUGAGGAGGGAAAGGUGAUGGAAGAGCUGAAUGCGGACUCCAUCUGGAACUAUCACGUGUGGAAUGAGGUGUGGAUGGAGCGUUCAGAUCUGGGCUACGGUCCAUCCGGAUCGUACAGUGGAUGGCAGGUUGUGGACGCCACUCCUCAAGAGCUCUCCGAUCAGAUGUAUCGCUGCGGUCCGGCUCCUGUGAAGGCGGUGAAAAUGGGCGAGAUAACAAAGCCGUAUGAUUGCGAUUUCGUCUACUCCGAGGUGAAUGCGGACAAGCUCUUCUGGCGAUACUCAGGCGUAAAUCAGCCACUAAAGCUGCUGCGAAAAGAUGUUCUGGGCAUUGGGCACUUCAUCAGCACAAAGGCAGUGGGUGAAUGGAAGCGUGAAGAUAUAACAACGUCGUACAAAUUUGAUGAGAAGUCCGACGAGGAACGAGCAACAAUGCUGAAAGCUCUCAAGCAGGCGAAUAGUGUCUACUCACGGUAUUAUCUCAAUGAGGACUUCAACGAUAUAUACUUCAACUUUGAGUUGCGAGACGACAUUGUCAUAGGGCAGAAUUUCACGGUGGUUCUCGAGAUGAAAAAUCGAUCAAGCAGAAAAACUCACAGAGUGGAAGGAACGCUCCACAUUGACACGGUGCUGUACACUGGCAAGCGCAGUGAGCCAAUUAAGGUGGUGCAGUUUCAGCGGGAGUUAAAGCCAGGAGUCACGGAGAUUGUCCGCGAUGAGGUGGUCUUCAGUGAGUACUAUGGCAAACUCCUGGACCAAUCGGCCUUCAAUAUCUCUUGUCUGGCCUCAGUGAAGGACACUGAGUACGACUACUUCGCCCAGGAUGACUUCAGAGUGCGAAAGCCCGACAUCAAGAUCACUUUCCAGGGAACUCCAGUGUCGCGGGAGAGCGUGAGUGUGAUUCUACGCCUGAAGAAUCCCCUGCCGAUGCCACUGAAGAAGGGCGUCUUCCACGUCGAAGGCACAGGUCUGGAUCGUGCGCUGGAGUUCAAGAUUGCUGAGGUGCCUGUCGAUGGAACAGCAGCCGCAACGUUCAAAUACACUCCGCCGUUCGCUGGACGCGGAGCUUUCGCUGCCAAAUUCACAUCCAAAGAACUAGAUGACGUCGAUGGCUUCCUGGCCUUCGAAACUCAGCCACGGCCAGAAGAUGUCAUCAUGACGAAUGGAAGUCAUCCGGGCAUGAAUGACAUCAUAGUCAGAAGGGAUGUUAUCCCGUAAACCAAAAUUGCCAGAGAUACUCUUCUUGUGAAAUGUAUCUGCCAAAUGAGCUUCAAGAGCUUUUCCAAGAUAUAAAAUUAAUUUAAAAAAAUGGCCAUGCGAUAGCUUUCUUAAUGACACUAAACCAUGCAAUUUGUACGCUUUUUUUAUAUGACAAAAAAAUGUAUUGAUUAGAAAUAAAGAGUUCUUAUUUACGAAAGAUCUAAAAAUUUCUUUAAAAUCUCAUUACAGUUGAUUCGAAGUAAUUCUUGUUUAUAUACAAAAUAUAUGUGCUAAAAGCUGCAAAAUCUCUACUGAAUUAUGCUUCAAGUAUUCUUUCCAGUUUUCAAUCUUUUAUUUAUUCACAUACAAUCCCAAGUUCUCUCUUAUGACUUCUCUCCUCUUAAUCCUUUUAAUAAACUUGUAAGAUUUAUAAUCAUAAUUACAAUAUACUUUAAAGGUAGUAGUUGAAAAAAUCAUUGAGUUCUUCUCAAAAAUCCAACGUAAGCAGUGUUUCUCUACACAUAUUGAAGUUGAAAAAUAAAAAUGAAUGAAAAAAUGGCUCUUCUUCUUCUCCAAAGAAAGAAAAAAGAAAAACACUUCAAUUCACAAUAUCCUACGCACUCUCUAAUCUCAGAAAUGUGAAACAGACUCUGAAGAGUUAAUAGAAAUAAUUUAGGGAUAGAAGAAUCUAAAAAUUGUGAAAAAGUACGUUUGCUAGAUUUAAGGAUUUUUCUUGUGUUAAAAUUUCUAAGAAAGUCAAUCUGCUGAGAAUAUUUAAAAAUACUUGCUAUGUCAAAUUUUUUUCAAUUUAUUAUUUUUGUUCUGAUUUUAUUACAAUACUCUCAU